AUAUGGAAGCUUUGGACGCUGUUUCCAAUCAAAGAGAUGCUGUUUCUUGUACCUGACCGGUUUUGCACUCGUUAUGUUCAUCUUAGUCUCAGCGCAAUGCUUCUAUAUAAGUAAGUGAAAAUCUCAAACACACGAUAUUAUUACGACAUAAACAUAUGACGUCUGUAUCAUGCUGGCUUGUCUGAUGUCUCAGUGGUUUGUUUAGUAUCCCGCAUUAAAAAUAAUUCCGAUAUAUUUAUAUGUUUAUAUAGCGCGUUUCACACGCGGAUUUGCCCAAGCGCAUAUUUUAUAUAAAGUAAUGAUGUGAUAAAUUUGACAAGUUAUAAUAGUUAGGAUAAAAAUCUUUAUAAAUAUUCAGUAAUUAAAUACGACAAUAUAAAGACUAGAAAUCACUGGCAGAAUUAUUGAGGAACAUCUUAUAUAGAAACAUGUUGACUCAAUUACAAUCUUCGCAAAAAUUCAGCCUUUUCAGAUUUCAUUCAAUCUAUUCUUGCGUAAGAUGUGUACAAACGAGGGAUCCAUUUCACGUAAUUCCCGAAUAAAAAUUAAAAGGUUUUAAUCGGUAUUAAUCGGUAUAUAAUACAGAUAACGCGCCUGAAAUUUUUCCCGUGAGGGACUACGAGUCCACGACGUUCGAAUAAUAAAUAUAUUGUUGGUGAGCUAUACCUAUGAAAUAAUUUCAAUAAAGUCAACCUCGAGAUAUGUUUACACGCUGCAAAUCCUGCAAUCUGUUGGACGACUUGCGCUUAAGACUAAAUUUUAAUCUAAGUAAGAAAAACGAAAUCACCACAGCUUGAAAGAGCGUCUUGGAAUUAGUAAUAUUACAAAGUUUGGUUGCGAAAUGUUGUAAAAUACGGAAAAUAUAGCCCUUCAAAGUUGGCAAAUUUGUAUACUUUUGUAUUACGCGCGUGAAUUGGUAACUAAAUUAGUUACCAAUUUCCGCACGUAAUAGAAAUGUAUACAAAUUUGCCAACUUCGCAGGGCUAUAUUUUCCGUAUUUUACAACAUUUCGCAACCAAACUUUGCAGUUUUUCUAAUUUUGAUAAUUUCUUUCAGAAAAUAUUCUUUGUUAUUCCCAGAUUAAAAAUUUUUCUAAAGCGUAAGUCAAAGCAUGUUUGUAAUGCUAUUUGAAAAAUACUUGGUAGAUGUAAUUUGGCGGCAUCAGAGUCAAAUGGAAAUAUUAUUCCGUAAUUGAAAUUCAAGGACACAGUUAAAAUCGACCUCGGCCUAACAUCGCGACAUGUGAACGUACCUCGAGGGUGAUGGUGAGUUGAGGUUGGCAAAAUAAUCAAGCUAUCAGCUAUAUGCGGCCUCUCUCGCGCAGGUGGAUUGGCAGGAUUGCAUAUUUAAUGCACAUGCCAUAAUACAUGAUAUUUGCCAAAAAUAAGUGUAUGCGCAAUUGCGCUAGAAGAUGCAGUACCGGAUGCAAUGUGAAGUUAACUGUUGAAAUGAGGAGUGCGGGCAAGAUAAACUCCCCAACCUAUUAAAAUUGCCAGGUACGUGAAAAAGAGAUGUAUAUACAUCGAUGUCAUCGGUGUUAAUUUUGUUUUACAUUCGCAAUAUAAUAACAAUGCAUAUAGAAACAUGCAACAUUCCCGCCAACCUUGUUCCCAGGGUCUGUCCUCUGAUUGGUGGAAAACAAUAUGAUGAUAAAACCAACCAAUCAGUUUAAAGCAGUUUAGUUUAAACAGUUGAAGAAAUAACGGUGACAGAUUGCUUCACGGCGUCACCAGCUACAUAAAGUAAAGUUGACUUCGGUUGGAAAAUAUGGCUUUUAUCUUUUUUUAAAUGGAAAAAGCCUUUACCCUAAACAAGACUAACAAAACAUAUAGUUCAGUUGAAUUUUCAAGCUGUUACCGUUGUAUAAUGUGAUAUAGAGACCUUACGAUUUAGGACGGCAACGCAACGGCAACGGCUACCAAUAUACAAUAAAUCAUUGAAAAUAAUUAAAUAAUUGUCUCCUACAUUUUUAUAUAUAUUAUUAAUAAGUAAUAGCAUGGCUUCUCGUCAAAUUUGGAUAACAUGCAUGCACUCGUGAGUUUUUCAAAGACCUCAAAUAGCACUCGUCCUUCGGACUCGUGUUAUUUUCAGGUCUUUGAAAAACUCACUCGUGCAUGUUAUAUCCAAAUUGCACUCGAAACCAUGCUAUUACCUAUACACUAAGCGCACGUACACCAAUUGUGUACGGCAAAAAUUGUUCGAGAGCUAUAGACAUGCCAGUUUUUGGAGAAGGAAAAUUUGUUCGUGUUCGUGGCCGCCAAGGACAGGGCCGUAGCUAGACCUAAUAAUGGGGGGGAGGGGGUAUGUGUAUAUUCAUAUAUUCAUGUUCACAUACCGUAAAAAUAAUCGCUUUCAAAAGAAAUCCGUCGGACAGAACACGAAUAUAUGAAUAUGCAACCCCGCUUCCCCCAAUUAUCGGCUUAGCUACGGCCCUGGGCCGGCCAAGGCAUUUUUUAAUACCAUGGACUGGUGGGCAUUUGCCCCACUAUGCCCUUUCCUCUUCCCCAACCACUGAAGAAAAAAUCUAGCCUAUUGCCCCAAAGGGGGACCUGUAUUGAGUAAAUGAGUUUAACAUUGAAAAGAAGUUUACAAACAAAAUUUGUUGGCGAGCAUACUUGGAUAUGUUGUGUUUGAAUGUUUAGCAUGCAAUUUAUUACAAAUUUCACCAUUAAAACUUUGUUUUGAGAAGCUAAGAUUUUUUUAAAAAUGUGUACUUAGAAUGCAGGGGGGAGGGAAUGCCCCCAGUCCCCCUAAUUAACUCGUGCCUGCGAUACUCGGCUUACACCCCUGGAGAUCGCAUACUAUCCUGGGGAGAGGGCAAAGAAAGUGGGCCUUUUGGCAGUUUUGCUCCACCACUGUAGAAUCCUUAAAAAACGCACUGGCCCUGGCCAAGGAAAACGUGACGAAUGCAAACAAAAGGCGGCCUUGACGUGAGUUAAAUCGGGCUUUAUGGCCAAUGUUGAGGUUUAGUAAUAGUUUUAUAGUAUAUAGGUUAAUUUGCACAUUUCAACAGCUGCAUGUUUAAUGAAAAAUAAGUUGCACAAAUUCAAUUAAAAACUUUUGCGUUACUUUCGUGGGUACAGAACAUUAAGUAAUGUGCAGAAAUUAAAUAAUAAUUAAUUUUGACUCACGGAUAUUGCGAAACAACAUCUUGUGAGUGUUUGUGGUUACUUGAGUGUGGGGCAGUUAAACAAUGGGGAAUGACCAGCCUGCUUUGGGCGCACUGUUUGCCUGGGAAUCAGGCCUUUCAAAACCGGAAAUCGGACUAGAGCACGCGCCUUCGUUCUUUUGAUUUUGCAACUGCUUUAAUUUGUUCUGCCAUGUUUCAUUUGAUCUCAUCGUGAGUCGGUCUCAACGGCCUUUGAUUUGAUAUGUUGACGAAUGAUCAAAGUACUGUAUACACUGGAUCGCGUUUUCGUCCAAGUCCCUUUAAUAUCGUAUGUCGGGCGCUGGAUAACAUUACUUCAAGCGGUAAAGUUGUAUGUCAAUUUAAUUUGUCAAUAUACAGGGUGUAUAAAAAAAAGGUAAUCGAACUUCAGCGCGCUAUUAUACGUUAACUACCCGGCGUAUGAACAAUUGGUAUUCAUAUUCGGAAAGAUCAGGCUUUUAGCUAUUGAGUGACAUGCUUUUCAUGCCAAUUGGAGAAAAAAUAAGCACACCAGGCCGAUUAAAAAUUUUAGUCAAAAUCGCAUAUUUUCACCUCUGUGCCUAAUUAAAACAAUGCAUAACAAAAGAAAAAGCAAUUAAUCACGAACGUGUCGUAGCUUAGCUAAGAUUUAUUCCUACUUAAUAAUAAUUAUGAAUAUGUGUGCAGUUUAAUGAAGUGAAAUUCAUCAACUUAAGUCCCAAAGGGGGUUCAUUUUCAAUGGUUUUAAACCCAACUCUCAGUGGUGAAAAUAUGCGAUUCUGACUAACAUUUUUUAUCGGAUUCGUAUUUGCUCAUUUUUUAUCCAUUUGGCAUGAAGAAGGUAUCAUUCAACAGCUAAAAGCAUGAUCUUUCCGAAUGUGAAAAAAUCUCGUUCAUACGCAGAGUAAUUCAGAUACAAUAGCGCGCUGAAGUUCGAUUACCUUUUUUUUAUAUACCCUGUAUAUACGAUGCGCUACUGCAUGUAGAUUAACAUUUUAAAUUAACUUUCAAAUUAAUUAUCUUAUAUUUAAUUAUAUCUUUACAUUUUAGAUCAGUGUUCCUGGUCAAAAUUGCAAGAGCUGCAUCAAGUAUACAGGCAAGUUUCAUUAUGUACAGCAGCAUGGAUACAUGAAAGGCCAUGCAUGUUAAGCGAGGCACUGAUUUAUACUGCAACUUGUAAUGUGACCUUGCAGACAAGGUAUACAGUGCGGCGCCCUGUAGCAUAUACGCAAAAGAGUGUAAGUGCAUCCAAGUCAUGUGAAUAAAUACCAAGAGUGUCCAGAAUGGGGAGGAGGUCUAGAUCCCAUUUCCGAGUCCAAAUGUUCUGUAAAUCCCAUUUCCCAGCCCUUUCUUAGAUAAAAUUCAAUUCCCACUGUGAAAUUUAAAGAAAAUGCCAGAGUAGAUGUUUCAUCUAUGUGAUAACUUUUAAACGCAAUUCUGUGUUGAAUUGCCCUCGUUAAAACUAGUUUUGCCGAGAAAAAUGUGUAUGACUAUUGACUAACUUACAAUUGCAGUAAAAUGACCUCAUUGAGCCAUAAGGCUUUUUUGGCAAAUUCUCUAGCAAAAAUCGCUCUGUAGCUGUUCUUAAAGUUUUUCACUCUGAAAUAUCCAACUACAACUGUCUUGAUAAUGGUGUUUGGGUUUUCCCCUUUUAGUGUCUUUCAUUCCCAGUCCCAUGCAGUAACCCAAAUCCCAUUUUCUCAGUUCAAAUAUAUGCAGAUCCCAGUUCCCAUUUACCCUUCAGGAUCCUCAACCAAGAGUACGUCGUUAUGAUUCUGAACAAAUGAACAAACUAUCAGGUUUCUAUAACGCAACGAGUCAUGCACGGUAUAGAAAAGUUUUCGUAUAGAAACUUUUUUACACAACAUACUCUUUACGGAUGAAACUUUUUUACUCAACAUACUCUUUACGGAUAAAACUGAAAGGAAUAGCAUGGAAAUAUUGAUAGAAUAAACAAUGGGACAUGUUCAGAACUUCCCUGCGAUCACUUGUAGAUAACAUGGCAGAAAAAAUCGCAUCGUGUAACUUGCCUUAAGAAAUUAUAGCUUGCCGUUAAAGAGUCAUUGUCAACCACAAUGCAUUGUGCGCCCAUGCAAACCUGCUUGACGGCCAUUGUAAUGGCGGAAUAAUAGAUGUUUCGGUUUUCAAUCCAUAAUAUAUAUUACUACCAUCCUAUGGUUAUACUUGCUCAUUUUAACUUUUUUAUACUAAAAUUGCACCAAAGAAAUGUUUAUAACCGUCAUUUCUUGCUAAUAUUUAAUUUGUCACUUCCGAAGGUAAGAAGAUAUAAACAAAUGCAUUGUGGUUGACAAUGACUCCUUAAAGUUUGCUACCAGAAAAAGUAGGGAUGAGCUGAUCACUGAAAUUGCCGAUUAGACAAUUCGAUUAAUCGGUGGCCAAUAUUACCAAAUGAUCGGCCGAUUAAUCGGCCAAAGCCGAUUAUUUCCAUUUACACAUUUACCAGUAGCUGUUAGUUCUUCAGGUGGACAAUGGCACUUGGGAAGCUAAUGUAGCAAAGCACUCAGCUACAGUAUCUCUGGCAUUCAUUCAUGAAAAGUUUUCCAUUUGUUUUUAAUGUUCUAUUUUGUUUCGUGUAAUGGUCGUCCAUGCGGUGUGGCGCACAAUAUUUUCCACUAAGAGGAAAUCCAGCUUAAGCUACACACAUAAUCCAGCUCAUGGCCAUGGGGUUCAUAUGUAUAAGAGUCAAUUUUCUCACUAAUUAAUAAUUGCAUUUCCGAUGAAGAGAUAAGAUGAAUGGAAAAAAAAAAUUGGUCAAUAAUCGGCAAAUGGCCGAUUAUACAGAAAUAAUCGGCCGAUUACCGAUUAUUAAAAAUUGGUCGAUUAUCGGCAGAUUAAUCGGCUUGGCCAAUUAAUCGGCUCAUCCCUAAGAAAAAGUUUAAAGACAGUUUCGACGUAUAAGGUUUUAAGAAAGGAUGAGUAAUUGAACCAGUCGCGGCUUAUUGGCCACAGUCUGUUGGUAUUCCUAGCCAACCCGAAUUCAAGGCGUGUCUGAGUUAGCGAAUAGCCCUGGUUUAUUUGAAUAGAUUAUGUACGCAUGAUAUUUAUCGACUGUUUUAAUUUCCGACAUGUUUGGAGGAAUGGAUUUUGUUAUGACACAAAGAAGAUAUGGAUAAUCAGAAGAUACUCGUCAGGUGGAUAGUACUUUUCACGUAAUUUGAUUGAUUGUUCAGUCCCGGAUAUCCUUGCACUAUUCACCUCCACUUCCACUUCAAUUGCGACAGCUCAUAGGCGUAUGCGGCUGACGCUUUCCGGGGGAGGGGGCAGUUGAAACUUUUAUGGAGGAUUGUAAUGAAAUAACUUGAAUGUAACAUAUUUUCUGAUAUAUGUGCCCAAAUUUUCUUGAUUUUUCCUAAUAUUUGUCCGAAUUUCCAUGGUUUUCUAUGCGAUAGCUUCCAGCAGUUCGUGGACUUUUGAAGUUAUUUCCUCAGACAACAGCAAAAUAUUCUCUAUUUUGUUAAAUGUUGAAUACUAUCCAAUUAUUAGACGAUCAUUACAAGACUAUUAUUUCAUUUAAAUUACUCUCUUUUUUUCAGAUCCAGUCCAAGAUCCUCGGAGCUUGGUGAUUUAACAACACAAAGCUGUGAACCAUUAUAUCCUCGAGUGGUAUUUUAUAAUAGGAUAUUUAAAGCUGCUAGUUCAACAAUGUCAGAAUUGCUUAAAACUUCCAGUAGUCGUCUGGGCAAUUUGUACACUCGAGGUACACAUAAAUAUACUGCUUGUUUAUAAAGAUAUAAAAUGCAUUCGGUUUUGUUUUUAUCUUUUUGUGGAUCGAAUAUCAUACAUUUUAAAUAAAUGUAUAUAAAUUUCCACUUGACAGUUUCCAUCCACAAUACCCAUCAAAUAUUGUUCAUUUGAGUGAGAUGCCACAAAAAUCAUGAUAUUUACCCAUAACCUAUACAUGACAGUACCCUAGUAUAUAUACAUGAACUUGUGGUUAGAGCUCGACAACUGGCUACAAGUUCUGUUCCUGUUUAGGUCUAAUAAGUGUAUAGAAAUUUCCACCCGACAAUUUCCAUGUACAACACCAAUCAAAUCUUAUUCAUUCGAGUGAGUUGCCGCAAAAAAUCUUGAUGUCUACAAUUUACACGAAAGCCCAUUACACAUUAAAAAACUCAUUAAUUAUUCAUAGUGUAAUUAUUCAAUCUGGCGUAGGAAAUCAGUCACAUGCAUACGUUUUCACACAAGCUAAAGCACUCUUGGUCAUGCAGAAACACUACUGUUAUGUAAAUUAGACAAACAUUUUUAUACUUUUAUAUUUUUCUCUGAAAUUGAAUAGAGUAAUCUCUUGAAAGCAAACUUCAAAUCUACAAAACACAUUCAUAUCUUUGUGAACAUAAAAUAUGCACGAGUUUUUUUAUGAAUUGAGACAUGUGCGAAGCAGUUCAGAGUUCUGCUGACACUAGAGGGGUUUCCCCUGCCACCAAAAAUUUGCGAUUACCUAAUCAUACUGUUGAUUUCUUUCAUGUAGAUUUUACGGAGGAAUGGGAGAAUGAAAAUCUGUCACAUCCAGUCUUAACACGUAUUCAAUCAAAAAUUGCGAAGUGUAAAACAAAAAAUAAAAAGUUGAUGGCCAUUGCUCAUCUGUACUUCAGAGAAGAUAUCGAAUCCACGUAUAUAAAUUUACUAAGAGAGCCGGUUGCUCGUUUCAUAUCGCAUUAUUACUAUUGCAGAAGUCCAAUACGAUGGCCUAUUAAACUAAAGAAGUUAAAAGAGCUUGGACACUUCAAUGUUACUAUUGAGGAAUGUCUGGAGAAUCAGUACGAAGGAUGCGCAUGGAAUCAUAUGACAAGAUUCUUCUGUGGACCUCGUGCCCUUUGCAAGACCGGAAAUGACGAAGCACUAGCACAUGCAAAAUAUCACAUGCUUCAUUAUUAUGCAAGCGUUGGCGUUAUGGAGUAUUUAAAUGAGUUCGUGAAAGUUUUGCAUAAACGAUUGCCAGAAUUCGUAUUGCCUGCCCCUGAGGCUGGAAUGCGCAAGAGAUUUGUGACAACGGGCGUUAAGAAGAAGCCGAUAAAUGAGUCGACUUUACAAAGAAUAAAACAGGUCAACCAAGCCGAUAUAGAACUCUAUGAAUUUGCUAAAGACUUAUUUUUUAAACAAGCUGCGAGCUGUGGUAUCGAGAUAAAGAUUUGAUCAUUUUUCAUAUAAAUUAUUUUAAAAGGAUUUUUAUCAUUAUCAAUGUAUAUUUGUAUUUAUAUUUAUUAUCAUCAACAUAUAAAUUAUUUUAAAAGUAUUUUUAUCGUCAGUACGUACUUUGGUUGCAGAGGCUUUUAAUUAAGGCCACAUAAAAAAAAUAGUUGGUUAGCGUCCCCGCCCGCCCACAAAAAAGGCCCCGCUCAGGAUUUUUUUUUAUUUUUUAUUUAAAAAAAACCCGACUUUUAUUGAUCAACGGGCUCUAAUAUAUGUAGUAUUUCUGUUGACUGUAGUCAAUUGUGUUAAUAAUUUGC